UCGUCAACAAUUAAGCAUGGGUUGGGUUUGGAAAGACGAUUCAUCCGUUUCCAACCCCGAUAAUGAUCUCACCGAUCAACCGCUCGGAGGUUCCGCCGCCGACGGAAAUUGCUCCACCACCACGGUGGUAAGAUCAAAGUGCAAGACAGAGGAGGUGGAGCCUGGAAAGUUCGUCAGGAAGUGCGACAAAACCGAAGAAAUCCUCCGCCACUGUUUUGGCAAGCCCUCUGAAGUUGUGCAAUCCAUCACAGAGCACACAGAAGAGGAUGUCACAAACCAGAUGGUGCGUGGAUCUGCUCUCUCUAACCAAUUCGAGGAAACCCCCCUAAACUUCCCGGAACUCCGCAGCGACUUAGACGACAUCGAACGUCAUUUCUUUGAAGCAGUGGAAGAGAUGAAGAGCAGCUUGUUUGACAUCAUCGGAGAUUAUGACCCAACCUCCACCAUGAGAGGGAUACCCAUUCAGGACCAUCCGAAGAUAGACGACGAAAAUGCUGCCAGUAGACUGCCUUUCUCCUCUGGAGAAAUUGAUCUCUCGAGCUUGGCUAAGGACGUUUGA